AUGACGUCUGUGACGGUCCGAGUUGACUUUUGAUCCAAGUCAAGUCAACAUACAGUGAUUUGGAUAAACACUAUUUAAGACACUGAUGGAAACCCUAUAAAUUGUACUGUAACACCUUCCAAGCGGUUGGGAUCAUGCAGUGAAUGGCGGUUCAGGACACUGUGUCCUCUCUUCUGCUGGGUUUCUCUUGUGCCUGAUGCCAGGAUGGCGGCAGAUGUCCACAAUAAGGGUGCACUCUGGGAGGUUAAAAAUGGCAACUUGGUGCCAUCAGAUCGACUCGGGCAGGACAGAUCGUAUAGUCCGACCCCAGGGCUGGUGGAGGGGACAGAGCCAGGUGCUGGACAGGAGGGCGCCAUGUUCGUUCAUGCCCAGUCUUUUGAGGACUUGAGUGCUGACAGCGAGCCCAACACUGAUGACAAAUCUGCAGAGGUUGGCGGCUCAAAUCUAGGAAAUGCUCAAGUAGAGGCUCUGGAAGGAGAUGAGGAGGAGGUGCAGGAGCGAGGUUUAAUGAUUGAACAGGAGGAAGGAGGGAAAGAGGAGGUUCGGAACAGCAACAAGGCAAAAGAGGAGGAUGUGACAAGUGAAACGUGGCGGAGUCACAGGAAGCAUAUGUUUGUCUUGAGUGAGGCGGGGAAACCCAUCUAUACACGCUACGGAACAGAGGAAGCGCUCUCCAGCAUCAUGGGAGUCAUGAUGUUACUCAUGUCAUUUGUAGAGGAUAAGAAGAACAUCAUACGCUCCAUCCAUGCAGAUGGCUACAGUGUGGUAUUCCUGCGGAAAAGCCCUAUUAUCCUGGUGGGAGUCUCUCGCACUAACUGCUCCGACCGGGAAUUGACACGAGAGCUUCAGUACGUCUACUACCAGAUCGUUAGCCUGCUCACCCUCACACAGCUGAACCACGUCUUCCAGCAUCGGCAGAGCUACGAUCUGCGCCGCCUACUGGCCGGAUCAGAACAUCUCACCGACAACCUUCUGCGGCUCCUCGAUCAAGAUCCAGGCCUGCUGCUGAGCGCCGUGAUGUGCCUGCCUCUGGCCAGUUCGGCCCGCAACGUGGUCUCCUCCAGCUUGCAGGCUGCUAGAGCCAAGAACCUGGUAUUCUCCAUCCUGUUAGCAGGAAACAGGCUGGUGACGCUGGUGCGCAAAAAGGACCAGUUUCUGCACCACAUGGACCUGCACUUGCUCUUCAACUUGGUCGGCUCUUCGUCCUCAUUCCGAGAAGGUGAAGGGUGGACGCCCAUAUGUCUGCCCAAGUUUAACCCAGCUGGAUUUUUCCAUGCACAUAUUUCUUACCUGAAACCAGCCUCGGAUCUGUGUCUCAUCCUGGUGUCCACAGAUCGUGAGGAUUUCUUUAACCUCUCCGACUGUAAGAAGCGGUUCCUAGAGCGCUUGCGCAGACGCAGUGCAUAUCAAUCCCUGCAAGAAGCACUGAACACCCCAAGUUAUCCUGUUUCACAGGUGGGCAUACCUGAGCUGCGACACUUUGUGUACAAGUCUAAAAGCUCUGGGCUCUAUACAAGCCCUGACCUUCCAACUCCGUACCAGGGAGAAGAGGAGCACGAGAGGCUGAUGGGAUUGUACCAGUACCUGCAUAGCUGCCUGCAUCAGCCCACACGCCCCCUGCGCUACAUCUACCGCUGCACAGAGACUGAGAACCUUUAUGCCUUGAGUCGGGAUUGUGGAUAG